AUAUACAACGUAAAAAGAAAUUUACCCUCUCAAAGAAACAAAAGAAAAUCCGGAAAAACAGCCCAAAAGUACAGAGAAUCUGCCCUCCUCUCUGCGCUCUUCCCUCCUCUUCUCGUCUUACGUUUCUUCUGUGCCCCGCCCGCCAUUCCCAAGCCUUCAAAACCCUCCUAAGGCACUGCAAACAAAAACGUUUUUCUGGAUUCAUUCAAUCUCGUCUUCUCAGUGUGCGUCGCAGCUGAUCAAAACCCUUCCAAACUCUCACUCUUGGAAGCCAUUUAUUCAGAGAUUCGCCAGCUCGAUUUGUUGUUGGUCUGAAUCGAGGCUUUGUUAGCCGUUUAGCAUUGCUAGGUUUUGUUCCCCCUUCACUGCUCAGAUGCAAAUUUCCAAUUUUUGCGUAAUUUGUAUGAGUCUGCUCUCUGCAUUUGCUCAAUUGGGUCAUUUAUAAGAAACCCUUUUGAGUUUUUGGCUUAAAGGGUGGUGGCGGCGUGUGGGUGGGGAUGAAUAGUGCUUUCAAUGAAGAGAUACUUGCGGACAAGCUCUCCAAGCUCAACAGCACUCAACAGUGCAUUGAAACACUGUCCCAUUGGUGCAUUUUCCACCGGAGUAAAGCCGAACAGGUAGUUGCAACAUGGGAGAAGCAGUUCCAUAGUUCAGAGAUGGUUCAUAAAGUUCCCCUACUUUAUCUUGCUAAUGAUAUACUACAGAACAGCAAACGGAAAGGAAAUGAGUUUGUCACGGAGUUCUGGAAGGUUCUUCCUUCCGCACUCAAAGAUGUGGGCGAGAAAGGCGAUGAUCAUGGAAAGAACGUGAUCUCAAGAUUGGUUAAUAUAUGGGAAGAGAGGAGGGUUUUUGGAUCUCAGGCAAAGAGCCUUAAAGAUGUUAUGCUCGGAAAAGAACUGCCCACGCCAUUGCAAUUUGGCAGAAAAAGGUCUCGUUCUGUCAGGAUAGUGAAAAGGGAUUCAAGGUCUAUAAAAACGAAAUUGACAAUUGGAGGUCCAGCUGAAAAGAUAGUAUCAGCGUUUCACGCGGUGCUGAGUGAACACACGAAUGAAGAGGAAGAAAUGAAUAAAUGCAAGUCUACAGUCCACCGAGUAAAAAAGAUGGAGAAAGAUGUCGAUAUGGCCCUUACAACAGCAAAUGAUCCGAAUAGAAAGACGUUGUCUAAAGAGCUGGAGGAGGAAGAAAACGCAUUGAAACAAUGUAUUCAAAAACUUAAAGUAGUUGAAGCAAAUCGAGCUGUCCUUGUGUCUCAGUUAAAAGAAGCAUUAAAUGAACAGGAAUCUGAGCUGGAGAACGUUCGCACUCAGAUACAGGUUGCACAGGCUCAGGCCGAGGAAUCGAGCAACAUGCGGAAGCAUUUAGACGAUGAAGACUACGUGGCAGACCCGCAGCCUUUGACUACAACAGCUACAUCAGUUGAAGUAAGCGCAAAGGCAGGAGGACAAACGCAAAAGAAGACAGCAGCAGCGAUUGCAGCCGAGGUUGCUGACAAGCUUACGGCAUCCACCUCGUCUCAGUACAUCAUGUCGUCGGUUCUCUCUACGUUUGCCGCUGAGGAGGCGAAGAACGCGGGCCUGACAAAGCCUUCAGUAGCGUCGACUUCUUUCCCGUCAACGCCCAUCAACGCUGCAAACUAUUCGAUGACGAAGCCAGAACGGCCCCUUUCAGAUCCAAGCGUUCUCAUGCCAGCACAGGCGGUUAACCCUCCUCCGAGCAACCCGUAUCAGUCGGUGAUGGUGAUGCACCCGACAAUGCAGGGCCAAUUCUCCAACUCUCAAGCUCAGUAUCACUCGCUCCCGAAUCCACCUUCCCAGCAAUACUUACAACCCUCGGGUGGAAUUGUUGGCUCGUAUGGGUAUGGCGGGAUUGCUCCCUUGCCUCCCGGGCCAUCUCCCGCGCCUCCAUACUUGGGUCCUUUGGUGCCCUUAGCCCAGCCGCCAUUGCAAAUGAGUCAGCAGCAGCAGCAACAGCAACAGCUAACGAUGCCCCACCAGUUAGCGUUGCCUCAACAUCCGCCUCCAAAUUUCCGGCCAUUGCCUGCUACUCAGCCCCCUCAACCCGGAAUGGUUUACUAUUCCCAACCCAAUCGUUCACAGUGAGUAUCUCGGCUUAAUAGCUCACACCCACCAUACAAUUAUCAAGGAAGAAGCACCAGACAGACAGACAUACAGAGGUGUCCAAUUGACAACAUUACAUAGGUAAAUGCUAAAAGCAAAGGAAAUGCAGGUUAUAGUUUGCCAUAUUUUUCAAGAAGCUCUGUCUGGUUAGCGCAUUCCAGUGUUGUCACCAUUGUUGUCUCAGGCAUUUUUUUUUCUCUUCUUCUUUUCCCUUCCUGUAAAAUGAUGGAUAGAGGCAGCUGACAAUUUUGUAUUGCAAGACAACCUAGAUUUAUAGUUAAAUUCUGUUGAUGCCAUUAUAUGGAGUCAUCAUUCCAUCAGCCUGUAUCUAACAGAAGCCAUAUCUGUACUGCUCAUAUCCAGAUCCGCCUGUAUCAACUAUCAAGCUUGUGAAAGUUUCCAUUUAGUUAUUCAAAAGAUUUGCUUCAUGUUUGAC